AUGCCGGCGGAUGAAUUUUCAAUAUCUCAGCUGGCGGUUCCAGCUGUCAGCGUACUGAUUAGCUUUCUCGCGUACACGUCGCAGUACUUUUUCCUUCAUUUCGAAUCCGCACCACUUCGGAAAGAUGAGAUAUGGAAGAUUAAUAUCUUCGCUCUUUGCAUAUGGAUCUGCUAUUUCCGAGCUUGCUACAUAAAUCCCGGUCAACUUCCAUCAGACCGCAAGUCCGUGGAUAUCGAUUCACCGGAGAAGGAUCAUGCCACGGGUCGGCAGCGAUGGUGCCGUAGAUGUGAGGCAUACAAGCCGCCGCGCUCUCAUCAUUGCAAGACCUGUCAAAGAUGUAUCCCAAAAAUGGAUCAUCAUUGCCCAUGGACCUCAAAUUGUGUUUCUCAUUUCACAUUUCCCCACUUCAUCCGCUUCCUUUUCUACGCUGUAGUUGGAAUGUCGUACCUUGAGACUCUACUCUACGAGCGAGCAUCUAUUGUGUGGAACGAUCGAGAUCUACCACGUUAUAUGGGCCCCUCUAUUGUACAACUGGCACAUCUGUUCAUUUUGUUGGUCGUGAACAGCUUCACUGUUUUUGCCUUGUUCAUUCUCCUCGUCAGAAGUUUAUACUCCAUGUUAUUCAAUAUGACAACGAUUGAAUCCUGGGAGAUGGAGCGACAUGAAACUCUCGUCCGGCGAGCUCGUGUUCUUGGCGGCCACCUGGAGGGUCCAGGUGGGGUCAAAAUCAAGAUCAAGAAGCAGGAGUUUCCCUAUGAUAUCGGUCUUUGGACAAAUAUCAAAGAAGGAAUGGGAGGGAGCGCAAAUAUCAUCAGUUGGUUUUGGCCCCUUGCAGCUACUCCCAACCGACGCACUGGUUGGAAAUUUGAAACAAAUGGCUUUGAAGAUCCUGGGUCAUCUUGGCCUCCACCUGACCCCGAUCGCAUUCCUUUGCCUGCAAGUCAGGCUCUCCAUGAUGAUUCACAACUCCCCAAAUCAUAUUCAUCUGCCCGAGACACUGUUGAGGCAUUCAAUCGUCGCCAAUCAGAGGACCUUAAUCGACGUGUCUGGACUUCUGAUAUCCAAAGACGCAAGAGGUUCCACGAGCGUUAUCAAAAGGAUAAUUACGAAAGCGACGAAGAUCGUGGAUCUGGUCCGGUUUACGGCGACGAAUCCGAUGAAGGAGAAGAAUCUUGGCGAAAUGCCGAAGGUGAGCGGCUCCGAGACUUUGGAGUCGACGAAGAUGUGGAGUUCUAUGACGAGGACGACGUACCACUAGCGGUAUUGAUGCAAAAACGAAAGCAACAUAGAUGA